GAAUGGGUGGACCAAUUUCCUUAUAAACAAGGGGGAUGAAAAACGUCUCUGUCAUGUCGUCUUGCUUUUAUAUUUCACAGAUAUUUAUUGUGUGCAUACUACAUCUUUCUAUAAAAUGUGUCUGCUCAUUUGAUGCUGAAAAUAUCGUUGAUGACAGUGCAAGUGGUCCAAACAAGUUUCCAAAGUUUUCUAGCGUGAGAGAUAUCCUUCCAGUGAUACUGUGGUGGACAGAUAGUUUAUUUCCUCAUUUAGAGAAAGACGAGGGUGUUAUUGUACAAUGCCCAAAAAGUCAGUGUUUAGCAACCAGAAAUAGAAAGUUACUAAAUGAUGAAAGGACUCGAGCUGUUAUGUUUUAUGGUACUGAUAUAAGGGCCUAUCACAUGCCCCUUCCCCGCAAACCCUGGCACGAAUGGUGUUUACUACAUGAAGAGUCCCCAUUAAAUAACUACUUGCUGUCUCAUCUCCCAGCUCUUAAACUUUUUAAUCAUACAGCAACCUUUCGUGAAGAAUCUGACUAUCCACUGACUUCGCAAAGUAUUAUCAGCAAAGAAUAUUUACUUGAUAGGAGUCCGGUUCCAGUUGCGGAGAAAAAUAGAUUGCGGAGAGGUGGGUUGGCCCCAGUUUUGUAUGUACAGUCCCACUGUGACGUCCCUUCAUAUAGAGAUCGAUAUGUGGAAGAAUUAAUGAAAUAUAUCGAAAUUGAUUCAAUUGGAAAAUGUUUAAAUAAUAAAAAGAUUGAGGAAGGCUUGGAAGAUCCCGUAGAAAGUAUGAACCAUGAUAAUUUUCAUAAACAUAUAGCACAGUAUAAAUUUCACAUCGCUUUUGAGAAUGCGAUCUGCGACGAUUACAUGACAGAGAAGCUCUUUAGACCGAUCCACGUUGGAUCUGUGCCAGUCUAUCUUGGGUCCAGCAGAGCAUCAAAAUGGAUGCCAAGCAACCAGACAUUGAUUUCAGUAGAUGAAUUUUCCAAUCCAGCUUCAUUAGCAGAGUUUCUUAAGAAUCUGGAUGAAAACGACGAUUUGUACACUCAAUAUUUAAGUUACAAAGAUGAUGGAAUCACAAAUCAAUUUCUGUCUCAACAUUUAUCAAAUCGACCAUGGGGCGUAAAUGAACCAGGUCAAUUUGAUUUCAUUACUGGUUUUGAGUGUUAUGUAUGUGACAAACUUCUGGAAAGAAUUGAGGUGGAAAAAGCACAUGUUCUUGAUCCCAAUAUUCCUCUAAUGGAUCCAAAAACAGCCAAGUACAAUCACAUGGGCUGCCCUCUACCAGAUUCCACGUUUGGUGGUCUGCUUGACGAGGUCAUUACCGAGGAUGGAUUUAUAUCAUGGAAGGAGGAUUACUGGAGUAUGCUUGACCAAGCAACUGCUUUGAAACAAAUGAUUCUUGCUGGAGAGAAGAACUCAGAUAAACUAUUUGAAUAUAUAGAAAGGUUACACGAACAUUAAUAGAGCAGUACAAUAUAACUCAUUUGGCUAAGCUGGUGUUGGCAGCUGUGUGUGCGCUGAACCUGGCGGUUUGUCAUUAACCUUUGGUACCUGGUUCAAUUCCAUCCGCUGCUCUCCUUGUAUUUCAGCUGUAAAUCCGGGCACUCAUGCGUCGUACGACGAAUCAAACUCCGCUGCCUAUGAACGGUAGAUGAUGCGAUGCUGUCUGCUGAUUGUCGGUGGCAGUCUGAACGGAUCGUCAUUAUAACGAACCCGUUGCGUGCGCGUUGUGACAUUGCAUUCUCCAUAGAAUCGCGUCGGGCCCAUGAUCGUCGGCCGUAGCGAGUGCCCGGCUUAAGAGACCUUUAAAACGUUGGUCCCGUGUGCAAUAUGGCUCAUGUGCACCUUACUGUAAAGAACACGGUACAUUCUUCGGAAAGGUUGAGGGGUUGAGGAGGAUUCCAACGUAAAUUAAGUCUUAAAAUUUAUUGGUUGUCACACCCAAUAGAUCCAAAUACAAAAUCAUUUAAUGAUUGUUAGUAUAAUUUGUUAGAGAGUAAUGGUGAUGGUGAUACGAAUACACUUUUAAUUUACAUUGCUUGAGUAUUUCUAUGCAGCAGGUGUUUUUACAGGAAGUUAUUAACAAAAUUGAAUGUGAACCAUACUUAGGCUGUACUUGAUGUGAAAGUAGAACAAAACCUUGAUUAAUUAUUAUGCUGCUUAUCCAUCUUGUCUGAGAUAUAGUGAGUCUGCAGAGGUUAUAAAACAAAUUGUUUCUUUUGUUGUAUUUGAAAAUGGCAUCCAAGUUUGAUUUAUUGUUUAUCAUAUACAAAAUAAAUUUAAUUUGCUUUUCAAGGUUUGAAAAAUAAAAAUGCAGAUUUCUGAAGCUUUUAAAAUGCAUUUCCCGAACUAUGUCUUCAGAUUUCCAUAGUAAAGAAAAUUUUCCUGAAAGUGGGGCCAAUCGUCCAAGGGUUGGGGCCAAUCGUCCAAGGGUCCAAUGGUCUUUCGGCCUUAUUGUCUGUAAUUUGAUGUGGAAUUUCAAACAAAUGAGACAGGAUGAACUCUUACAAAGGUUUCACAAUUUAAUUUAUCAGUAAUCUGACAAAUAUGAGUUUUCUGGGGACAAUGUAACCAAAGAUCAUGAUAAAAAAUUAAUUUGUUCUGGACUUCAGACCUAUUUAUUUAUGGGUAAAUGAUGAAUUUCCUAUGAUAAAUUUCUGUGUAAUUAGGCAAAAUUUCCUUAGCAACUGGGCCUAAAUACGGAAGUUGUACAGCACUUGAAAAGUCUGAAAGUACUUGACAGGUACAGUAACAUUGAAGAUUUAUAGUAAAACACCAUUAUUACUGUACUUAAUGCUUAAUUCUGGAUGUGUAUUUACUCUAUUGAAUUCAAUUUUAAUUGUGAACUUUUUAUGUAUUUUGUACUUUUUGUAUUUCUCUUCUUCUUGGUGGGGGUAUAUUUUGAAUAAAUUGAAUUGAAUUGAAUUGAAUUGAAUAAUACUGUACUUAAAUUACUGUAUAAACAACCACAAGGUAAUAUAGUUAAAAAUAGACAUUUGGAAUACAAUAGACAUUUAAAUACAAAUUUGCAAAGUUGAAAAUUGCACAGAUCAUGUAUAUUGACUGAAUAGUUGUUUACCAUAAAUGUUCUAUAAAGCACCUCCAUCGAAUAAGUGCUGCAACAGACAUUUUUUUUUUUCGCUAUCGAAUAAACUCUGAUUACAGAUGUUUUUAAUUUUUAAAAAAUAAUCGCUCUGUUUAAUCAAUAGCGCAUUCCUAAAGUGGUAGAUGUUUUGUAAUGUUGCAAUAUCAGAAAGGCUUAUCACAAUACAUGUUACCAUUUCAGCAUUUUUUAAUUUUUGCAUUCUAGCAUUUUAGAGCUUUGAGCGCUCUGAUCUUCGUAUAAUAGCGCUAUAUAAAUGACGUUAAGUAUAAUAGCGCUAUAUAAAUGACGUUAAGUAUAAUAGCGCUAUAUAAAUGACGUUAAGUAUGCAAGUAGCACAAUAAUAUGCGGUUCCCAAAUAAGUGCCGCACAGAAGCCUCCCCAAAAAUUGUAUCAGAAGCCUCCCCAAAAAUUGUAUCUGCUGCUAUUCAGUUUGGAACAUUUAUGGUACAUAUUGUAAGUUUAGUAAGUCAUCAUUCAAAUAUGCCUGAUAAAAUGGAAUCAUUCUGGUGUCUCUAUUUCUUGCCAUUCGAUUUGAUACACUAAUUUUUUAAUAUCUACAUGCUAUAUGUUUAUUCUACAUGUUGGAUCCAUCUUUUGAUUUAUAAUUGAAUACUGUCCUCAGAUAUUGUAACGCUCAGUUUUUAUACAGUAUGACAAAUAAAAUUGAUAUGCCCAUUUUUGGGUGUAAUAUGACACCAUAAUGCCCAUAUUUGGACACAAAUUUAUCACAUAAAAUUUGAUAGUGUGGGCUGAACUUCAGUCUAGUUCUCAGUUUCCUCAUGUUUUACUGUUGUAAAUUUUAAAAAAAAAUUAAAAAUAAGGAAAUGAAGUAUGUGUUGUUUUGUGCAUUUAUAUUUUAAUGGUCAAGUACACCUAUAUGGAUAAUUAUAUAAUAUAGUAAUAAUGACAUUGGGAGAAACAUAAAUUAUAAAGAUAGUUAAUCAGCUGCAAUUUCAAAGUUAUUAAAAUGGACAAAGGCUGUGGGCAUGCAGUUUGUAGCAAGGACGAUGCUUUUCAAUAAAGUAGGCAUUACAUCAUCAUGAGUGGUUUGAAA